AGACGUGGGAGAAGCCUUGGGAAUACAAACACUACCGAGAAUCUUUUUUAAAUAUUCUACAGGCCAUGGAACUGUAAGGUUGGUUUUUUUCCUGAGAGCGGGAACUGACUGGUGUUGGGGUGGUCACGUAGGGGACAUCCACGGAACAGACAACACGUCAUUAUCAUCCUUUUCAACUUUGUUUCUCUAAACAAAGAACGGGUUUAUUAUAUUUAACCUGCCAAAAACUACUAGAGCAGAAAUACUUUCUUUUUCUUGUAAACAAGAUGGGACUAAAGUCAUCAUGGUAUGCACACUGACGUGUUUUAUCAGCUAAUGGUACUGACUGCUUUCCCACACAACAAAAAGAAAGAUAAACUAAUAGACAAAGACCUGAUGGGUGAAAACAUAUGGAAUCGAGCAAAUACAGUCAAAUAUUACCAUAGAAUCUAGGUGCUGAGUGUAUUGGUGCUUGCUGUAAAGUUCUCUCAGCUUUUCUCUGUCUGCUGAUGCUCAAAACAAAACCAUUAGGAUAGAAAGGUUUAAAAAGGCCCUCUCUAAAAGGGACACCAAAAUGAGGCACGGGAACCGAAACAUACACAGGCUAGAGGAUAAAAGUGCAUGGAGAGAAAAGAGCCCAAGUGAUUUGUUUGAAACGCCGGGUGUUUCUCUUCCCCACGCGUGGAACUUCGCAGAUACACACCACAUACCACACACAAGCGUCGGCACCCCGGGACAGAGCCGCACCCCUGGCUCUCAGCCCUCGGCCUCAUGGCGCCAGACGGGAGAAGAGGAUGGCUUCUCUCUCCUGCUCUGAUUGAGGACUGAGGGGACCCACCUCUCCCCUUUCAACCAAGGAGAAACCACCUUGGUCCCCUGUGUCAUGCUAACCAUGACAGCAAGCGGAGAAAGGAGAGGCCGGUCCCAACUAUUACAGACCAAGGGGUAAAGAUAAAGAAGGGGUACGGUUUGGAUUAGGCCACGAGAUGGGGCAGGUGAACCAUCCAGAAGCAUGUGCAGUUUUGGGGGGCAGUCUCUGGCCGAGCAGGAAGAGUGGGGAAGCAGAUGGGGUGCAGUUUGUCAUGGAUGCUGUCCCCCCGUUUGGGCUUGAGGAAGCCGCCCACAGCCGGCUGGCUUGCCAGCUCCUUGUAGCUUGCUCCUGUCCUGGGACCUCCACAGAUAAAUGCGACACUCCGAGCCAUGGCAUUGGCCACGUGAGACGUAAGCCAGCCCUGGAGCGUUCCGUGUACUUCCUGUGGCAGUCUGGCCAGUACCCGUAGCCCACAUGGGCUCAUAGGCCUGGACAGCCUUGCUCCAGUUCUUUGCAUUAGCUAUGGUGGCCUUGGUUUGCUCAAAAGUGUCCUACUCAGUGACGCCAGAUUCCCUCUCAUGCAGCUUCUCCCCAGUGCAGGUGAUUAUGUCCCUUGGCAAGGGUGUGGGCCCCUUUCUGCCCUUUCUGCUCAUCUGAAUUCCCAGAGACAGGCCUAUCUUCCAAGCACCCCAGGACGGCCAGGGGUGAUCCCCCGGGGAAGGCCCCGUUUGUCACUGGGCACCAGUUCUCCCAGCCACCGCAGUGCUGGGGUCUUGCUUCUGCCAGGCCAAGUCCAUGUGACGAUGGGGGACACACAAACUUCCUAGGUGUCUGCCCCAGCUUGGCGCCGUUCAGGGAGGUUAUGUGUUUCCCCAGACUCUUCUUACAGUUCUCCCCACCACGAAGAACUUUCUGAGGGCACCACGGCGUUGGAACCAACACACUAAAGAACCCUGUGUUGGGACUGAGUGCAGAACAUCCUCAAGACUGGCUGGAAUCUCAGAAGAGCCCAUCAGCUCAGCAUAACACUGCAGAACCGUUGUCUGAUUCAUCGCAGCCAUGAGUGACAAAUGCGAAGGGAAUCUCCUUGAAGAGAGCCUGGUUCAGCUGAGAUGUCACUUCACGUGGGAGUUGCUAGUGGAAGCCACCGAGCUGCCCGAUUUAGAAAACAGGAUCUUGGAUGAGAUUGAUUUCCUGGACACCAGAUACAAUGUGGGGAUCCACAACCUGCUGGCCUACGUGAAACACCUCAAGGGCCAGAACCAGGAAGCCCUGGGGAGCCUGCAGGAAGCCGAAGCCUUGAUCCGGCAGGAACAGACCGCCCAGUCAGAGGCGAGAAGCCUGGUCACGUGGGGCAACUACGCCUGGCUGCAUCACCGCAUGGGCAGGCCGCAGGAAGCCCAGGCUUACCUGGACAAGGUGGAGGACGCCUGCAAGAAGCUCGGGGCUUCCUCCCGCUACAGAGUGCAGUGUCCCCAGAUGGACUGCGAGGAGGGGUGGGCCUUGCUGAAAUGCGGAGGGAAGAAGAAUUAUGAACGGGCCAAUGCCUGCUUUGAGAAGGCUCUGGCAGUGGACCCAGAGAACCCUGAAUUCAGCACUGGGUAUGCGAUCUCCACCUACCGCCUAGACAGCUUUAACAAAGCAACACAGGUUAGCGAGGCGUUUUGUCUGCAGCCCCUGAGAGAGGCCAUCAGGCUAAACCCAGAAGAUGCGUAUGUUAAGGCUCUCCUUGCCCUGAAGCUCCAGGACGUAGGCCAAGAAGCCGAAGGAGAAAAGUACAUAGAAGAAGCACUAGGCAACACGUCCUCGCAGACCUACGUCUUCCGGUAUGCGGCCAAGUUUUACCGAAGAAAAGGCUGUCUGGAUAAAGCUCUCCGGCUCUUAAAAAUGGCCCUGCGGGCCACCCCGUCCUCUGCCUUCCUGCAUCACCAGGUAGGGCUUUGCUACAGGGCACAGGUGAUCGCAAUCAAGAGAGCUGCCAACUGGCAGCCCAGGGGACAGGACAGAGAAAAUGUUGACAGAAUGGCGAGAUUAGCCAUAUCUCAUUUUCAGUUUGCUCUGGAACAAAAGCCCACGUUUGAAGUUGCUUACAUACACCUGGCGGGCAUGUACAUAGAAGUCGGCGACUAUGGGAGAGCGGAAGACACGUACCAAAAAGUGCUCUGUUUGAAAUCACUCGAAGAAGAAAAACUGCAAGAGAUCCAUUUCCACUAUGGUCAGUUUCAGGAAUUUCAAAAGAAAUGUGAGAUCAAUGCAAUUAUCCAUUAUCUGAAAGCAAUAAAAAUAGAGAAGGCAUCACUGUUGAGGGAUAAAAGUAUCAAUUCUUUGGAGAAAUUGGCUUUAAGGAAACUUCGUAGAAAUGCAUCAGAUGUAGAAAGCUUGAGCAUUCUCGGGUUGGUCUAUAAAGUCAAAGGAGAGAUAAAUAAGGCCCUGGAGUACUAUGAGCGCGCCCUGCGGCUGGCGGCUGACUUUGGGAACUCUGAGACAGAACCCCUAGCCGUGGAAAUGUGAACCUCGUUCACAUUCUGUUUGACUUUUAGGUAACUCUAAACUUAAACUCUAAACUGUAGUCAUUUUUUUCUGCUUGCUACUUUCAGAAACAUAUUAAGUAAUUAAGUCAUCUGCUAUAGUGAUAGACGUUUUUAACAUUUAUACUCAAACCUUAUAAAAUAUUGUUAGUAGUCAGUAGUGAGGAGUGAAACAGAUAUACACACAUUUCUGUAUGUGAGAGUGAGAGGAACCAUUUCUCUGUUAAUGUUAUCUAGCAGAAAAGCAAUUUUUUGAGUAGAUUUGUAGCAAAUAUAGCAGUGGAUUUAUGUAAAAUAAAAUGUUUAAUUCAUUCA